ACAAGCACAACUCUUUUGAAAGGAAGUCAGAAAACAUCGAUGAGGCUCUUCAACGGCGAAGUUAGGUAAUACAAUUGAGGAGACUUACCAAAGGCGUCUGGCGAUCCAAGACUUCGGCGGAGUAAUUUCUGCUUUUCGCUUUAGAUAUUUCUCGAGUAGCUUCAGACUGUGUUUAUGACUAUUGGACUUCUUGACUUUGGAUUUAUGUGACGGGGUUUCUGUGUUUCAAACGGAUUCUUUCAAGAAGGUGGAACUCGUUUCUUUGAAAAGAAGUAAUUCUACAAGGACUCUGGUACAGGUAUGUAAUAGACCUGGGUGGACAGUUGGUCAUACACACUGACCAGUGGACAAGGCAUACCACACUAUACCUCACAGCAGCUGAAGUAGACGUAUAACGUCCUUAUCCAAAGGUUGAAAUCGACAAUAUCACCAGUGAAAUAUACCUCAGUUGUAUAUUGACACAAGGAAAUAUACAAGCUCCGAAGACGACGUCAGAGUGAUAUUAACAAGAUUCUACCAGUGUUCGUGGAUUAUGAUUCGAGUGGGAUAACUGUGAAGCUGUCAAUAUGGGUUUGAAGAUGUAUGUCGUGAUAUUAACAACAGUGUUGAUAUCUACAUGUGUCAGUCAAGAUUUGACAUUUCGGAUAGACGAGGAACAACAGGCUGGAACAUUUGUUGGAAGGAUAUCCGAUGCCACUGAUUUGCAAUCAGCAUUAUCAGACGAUGCAAUGAGAACUCUACGAUACAGCUUCCUCACGCAGGGAUACCCGUACAGUGCCUUGUUCACUAUUCACAACACUACAGGUGAAAUCUACACGGCGCUGAAGCUUGACAGGGAAGAUAUUUGUGGCUUUUCAUUUCAGUGUGUGUUAGAUCUAGAAGUGGCAGUUCAGUCAUCGACAAGUCAAUAUUUCAGAAAGAUAUGGACCAGUGUCUAUCUGCAAGAUAUCAAUGACAAUAAGCCUGUGUUCCCGAAACCAUCCAUAGAUCUGGAAAUAUCGGAAGCUGUUUCCAUCAACUCAUCUUUGGCUAUUGAUGGGGCUGUUGAUAAAGACAUUGGUAACAACUCGCUUCAAAGUUAUGAACUUACGCCCUAUGACAGUCCAUUUACACUCCACGUGGUCAGCCGUUUAGAUGGUGGAACUAUCGUCAGCCUCGUUGUAAGGCACGCGCUGGACAGAGAAACUGCCAGCAGUCAUCAAAUCACAAUCUUUGCAAAAGAUGGCGGAAAUCCUGCCUCCACCGGCAGCGUCAGCGUGACGGUCGACGUUAUUGAUGUCAACGACAACGCUCCCGUUUUCUCCCCCGCAUCUUACAACGUCACGGUACGAGAAACCACACUGGAACAUACGGCAAUCUUCAGGGUGACGGCAACGGACACGGACAUCCCAGAGAACGGCGUUGCCUACUACAGGUUCAGCCCGUUACAAUCGGGCAACGUAAAACGCUAUUUCGACGUCAACGAUACGACAGGAGAGGUUACUGUUGUCUCUUCCCUUGAAGGGGCCCAGGGAGAAAGGUUUAUGUUUUACGUUGAAUGUGUGGAUGGUGGGAGUCCACCUUUAAUAUCUCAAGCCACCGUUGAGAUAUAUGUUGAAGAUACUAUUAACAGCCCACCAUCCAUUAACCUCAAUCUACUGUACGGAGGCCUGGUAUCUGAAUAUGCUCAGCCAGGCACCGUUGUCGCCCAUAUUGCCGUCCUUGACCUUGAUUCUGGCAGGAAUGGGAUAAUUCGUUGCAACAUUGUCAGCGUGAUGUUCGAACUGCAAGGACUUGACGUUAAUGAAUACAAGGUAAUCGUCGUGAGGCCGUUGAACAGUGAAGUGACGAAGGAGCAUUACGUCACGGUGACGUGUCAGGACGCAGGGAAUCCUCCUCUCAACACUACUAUCGACUUCACGGUUCUUGUCAAGGACGAAAACGACAACUCGCCUGUGUUUAGUAAAGAUGUGUACACCGCCUCUGUAGUCGAGAAUGUCAAAGGAGUCGUGAUAACAAGAGUUCGAGCCAGCGAUAAAGAUUCAGGCUCGAACGGGGAAAUUGACUUCAUUAUACCCUACGCAGAUAAAAUGGGACUUGAUGUAUUGAAAACUGGGGAGGUGAUCUCUGCUGUCGAAUUCGAUAGGGAGUUUAUGCCGAAAAUGGCAGUUCCAAUUGUAGCUCGAGAUAGAGGUAACCCUCCGAGAAACGCGACAGCGACGUUGAUGAUUACCGUCGAUGACGUGAAUGACGUGGAGCCAAGCUUUCAGUCUAGUUUGUACAAGUUCAAGGUUAUGGAGAACCGCGCGCCUGGGACUGAAAUUGACAAGGUUCAUGCUUUGGAUCUUGAUACCGGGGUGAAUGGUGAAGUUGUGUACAGCAUUGAUGACAACUCUGAUGACCCUCCGAUUGAAAUCUUGCCCGGUGGUCAGUUGCGUACUACCCGGCGUUUGGACCGCGAGAUGGUCAAGGAAUUUCGGGUUAAGGUAUGGGCAAAGGACAAAGGCGUGCCCGUUCUAAGUAGCUCAACUACCGUCGUAGUAGAAGUCGGUGAUGAAAAUGACAAUCCGCCGAAGAUACAAUCUCCCGAUCCUGUCAACUCGUCAAUCGCGAUCCCCUACCACACAAGCCCUGGAUCACCUAUUCUAUCCGUUGUUGCUAAUGAUGCUGAUGAAGGGAUCAACGCUCGUUUUCAGUUCUACGUGGCCAGGGGGCAACGCCGAGUUCCCCCAACUUGGGAGGAUCGGGAAACAAACACUGGGGUGGAGACCGACACGUUUGGUAUCAAUAGCCACACGGGGGAGUUACUUCUGAAAAGGAAAUUAUCAGAGGAAGAUGUCGGCAAAUACCGAAUGGUCAUCAUCGUCACUGAUCAAGGCAUUCCACAGUUAAGUUCCAAUGCCACGCUGGAGGUGUACAUUUUCGCCAGCAAUGAAACGUAUUACGACGGUCCUGGAAUGUCAGAGGAAAACGCCAUCGUUGUGGUCAUCCUUGGCAGCCUCACCGGCAUCGUCACCGUGGUGGUGAUUGUCACGAUCCUCAUUAUAAAGCGGGCGGACAGGGCUAGGAAGACUCCACGGGGGGAUUCUGUACCACAGCUCCCGACCCCUGCUGAAAAUGAACAAGUGAAGGUGAAGACGCACGACGCCAUCGUCAUCCGCAACGACAUCUCCUUCGACUCCCAGGCUUCCAGUCACAUGUCGAUAGACAGCCAUGGCAAGCUGAUACUAGGGCCUGGAGAUGGCACUCAGAAUACCCAACCUGGCGACGACGGCAUGUAUCCUGGCAACACCACGGCAGACGAGUGGUCGACGGCACUCAAGAUCCACAAGGAUCUGCUAAGAAUGCACGGCGUGGAUUCUAACACUCCAAGACGCAGCAGCGACGAUGCCAACAGCGAUACGUCAGGGGAGACAACAACCAGCGACAGUGGUCGGGGCGGAAGUGACGAGGAUAGUCACGGACGUGCAUCUCCAGUCACGCAGAAAGUGUCUACAACGUUGUCUUCCCGCCAAAUGUACCGCCAGAAGAAAGCAUCUGACUAUGUGAAAGGACUCGGGAAAAUGUCAACUAAUUCAUUUGGAGGAACCAUCGGGAACAGUUUCGAAAAAAUUCCCAAUGCUAGUCAGUCCAAUAUUCGAUCAUCAAGUCAACGCCCUGCUAAACACGUGACAUUCCAAUCGGAUCUUCCCGUUGACAGAAACUUUAUGGAGAGUGACGAUUUCAACGAUGGCCCUUUCUAUGUAAAUGGUCAUACAGAGAAUUCCAGGGGAAUGUUUUCCGACGAUGUGAACCUCAGUUUCGACGCCAACGAUGACGACACUACGACGUCGGGAAGCUACACGGUCGACGACCACCUGUCUAAUGAUAUUACAAUUCCAAGAAUGAAUGAUGUCCUUGUGUAAUGCUUCGACUUUUCGACUAUGUGGAUGAAAGUGCAAUUUAAUGUUUCUGGUGAUAUGUUCGUAUUAAAACACAACAUGCAUAAGUUUGUGUUGGCAAAGGUGCUACAAGCAGCCAUCUUUUCAUGGGCGCCAUGUUGCAUGCAUCAAGAAUUCAACAAUGCAUGUCGUGAUGUAAAUGAAAAACGAACUGCAAUACCGACCAAGGAUAUUUGUAGACGGCAAUAUGACACUGAUAUUAUUACUCUGUGAAUACAACUGUGUACUUAAAGACAAUAUAUUGCAUACAAAUAUUUAAUCAAUCAGUAUUUUCGGUCGUGCCUUAUGUAUGAGAAUACCCUCAAUCUGUGAUCGUCACAUAUGAACGAAUUUAGUGCUUUUAGGUUCCCGUAGUUGACAAUCAAACUUCGAAAAA